ACAACAUCGCAUGUACGGACCGGAGAGACGCGCUCACUUUCUGUGGAUCUACUCAAGGAUGAACUGAAAGUUGUUGAUUUCUUUUUUUUCACCUGUCGGAGAGGAAGACACGCGUCGGAUCUAUGAAAAAACUCACGUGGAUUUAUACAACCGUUUUAAAUCAGAAGGAAUGCAUAUUUUCUUUGUGAAACUAACUUUCUUGUUGUCGCUGAUCGCACUAACACGAGGCUUAAGAUGCUUCCUGUCCACGGAGUCGUGUUUGAACCAGGGGAGGUGUGAGACAACUCCAGAUGGCAAUGGAGAGUGCAAGUGUCGGGAUGGAUACGUAGGGAACAGGUGCCAGUUUCGUGAUCCGUGCACCACCUCGCCAUGCAAGAAUGGCGGCACGUGCCGCGCCGUGCUCAGGGGAAACACAGUGGACUUCAGCUGCACAUGUGUACUGGGCUACACUGACCGCCAGUGCCUGACGCCUAUCAACAACGCCUGUCUCAGCUCGCCGUGUCGCAACGGAGGCACCUGCGAGCUGGAAAGCCUGCAGACGUACAAAUGCCGCUGUCUUCCUGGAUGGUCAGGUAAACUGUGCCAACAAGCUGACCCCUGUGCCUCAAACCCAUGUGCCAACGGUGGCCAGUGCACGUCUUUCGAGUCGCACUACAUCUGCACCUGCACGACCUUCUUCUACGGUCAGACCUGCAAACAGGACGUCAACGAGUGCGCCCAGAACCCCUCGCCCUGCAAGAAUGGCGGCGUGUGCAUCAACGAGGUGGGCACGUACCGCUGCCAGUGCCCACAGGAGUACACCGGCAGGCACUGCGAGAGCCGCUACAUGCCCUGCAGCCCCUCGCCUUGCCACAACGGAGGAACCUGCAUCCAGAAGGGAGAGACCAACUAUGAAUGCUCCUGUGUGCCAGGUUUUUCAGGAAAGAACUGCGACCACAACAUUGACGACUGUCCAGGCCACGGCUGCCAGAACGGAGGCACCUGUGUAGAUGGUGUCAACACCUACAACUGCCAGUGUAAACCAGAAUUUACAGGCCAACUGUGCACAGAGGAUGUUGACGAGUGCCAACUGAUGCCCAACGCUUGCCAAAACGGUGGCACGUGCCACAACACCUACGGCAGCUACCAGUGUGUGUGUGUGAAUGGCUGGACCGGGGACGACUGCAGUGAGAAUAUCGAUGACUGUGCCAGCGCUGCCUGCCACCACGGAGCCACCUGCCAUGACCGCGUGGCGUCCUUCUACUGUGAAUGCCCGCACGGCCGCACAGGGCUGCUGUGCCAGCUGGACGACGCCUGCAUCAGCAACCCAUGUCAGAAGGGCUCAAACUGUGACACCAACCCCGUCAGCGGAAACCAUUUCUGUACCUGCCCCCCAGGCUACUUUGGGGCUUCCUGCGACCAGGACGUUGACGAGUGCUCGCUGGGCUCAAACCCGUGUGAGCAUGCAGGGAAGUGUCUGAACACCAAAGGCUCGUUCCAGUGCAAGUGCCAGCGGGGUUACGUGGGGCCACGCUGCGAGCUGGACAUCAACGAGUGCAUGUCGAACCCGUGCCUGAACGAAGCCACCUGCCUCGACCAAAUUGGAGACUUUCACUGCAUCUGCAUGCCAGGCUACGAGGGGGAGUUCUGCGAGAUCAAUACGGACGAGUGCGCCAACAGCCCCUGCCUCAACAACGGCAAGUGUAUCGACAAGAUCAACGCCUUCCACUGCCAGUGCCCCACAGGCUUCACUGGGAACCUUUGCCAGAUAGAUAUCGAUGAAUGUGCCAGCACGCCUUGCAAAAACGGCGCCAAGUGUACAGACGGCCCCAACAAAUACACCUGCGAGUGCACUGAAGGCUACACCGGGAAGCACUGUGAGACAGACAUCAAUGAGUGUUACUCGGAUCCGUGCCACUAUGGCACCUGCCAGGACGGCCUGGCCUCCUUCACCUGCUACUGCCGCCCUGGUUACACCGGCCGGCUGUGCGAGACCAACAUCAACGAGUGUCUGAGCCAGCCGUGCAGGAACGGAGGCACCUGCCAGGAUCGAGAGAACUCAUACAUCUGCAGCUGUCCCAAGGGCACCACAGGAAUCAACUGUGAAAUCAACAUAGAUGACUGCAAGAGCAACCCCUGUGACUACGGGACAUGCAUCGACAAGAUCGAUGGCUACGAGUGUGCCUGUGAACCCGGCUACACUGGUACCAUGUGUAACAUCAACAUUGAUGAAUGUGCCAUCAACCCCUGCCACAACGGCGGCACCUGCAUUGAUGGCAUCAACGGGUUCACCUGCGCGUGUCCGGAGGGUUACCACGAUGCCACCUGCUUCUCCCAGGUCAAUGAGUGCCUCAGCAACCCCUGCAUCCAUGGCCACUGCGAGGACAAGGUCAAUGGCUAUAAAUGCCUUUGUGACUCUGGCUGGAGCGGUAAAAACUGUGACAUCAACAACAAUGAAUGUGAGUCCAACCCAUGUAUGAAUGGAGGCACCUGCAAGGACAUGACAAGCGGAUAUGUGUGCACCUGCCGCAUGGGCUUCACAGGGCCGAGCUGCCAGACCAACAUCAAUGAAUGUGCGUCCAACCCCUGCCUCAACCAGGGGACCUGCAUUGACGAUGUCGCAGGCUACAAGUGCAACUGCGUUCUCCCUUACACUGGAGAGAACUGUGAGACUUUGCUGGCCCCCUGCAGCGCCAAACCCUGCAAGAAUGGAGGUGUGUGCCAGGAGUCGAAGGACUAUGAAAGCUUUUCCUGUGUCUGUCCUGAGGGAUGGCAAGGCCAAACCUGUGAGGUGGACAUCGACGAGUGUGUGAAGAACCCCUGUCGCAAUGGAGCGACCUGCCAGAACACGAUGGGCAGUUACCGCUGCGGCUGCAAACCGGGCUACACCGGGCGCAACUGCGAAACUGACGUUGACGACUGCAAGCCCAACCCCUGCAGCAACGGAGGCUUCUGUAAGGACGAGGUGAACGGCUUCCUGUGCACCUGCCCGCCCGGGUUCAGGGGCACCAAGUGCGAGGAGGACAUCAAUGAGUGUGAGAGUAACCCAUGCAAGAACGGGGCCAACUGCACCGACUGCGUCAACAGCUACACCUGUACCUGCCCGCCCGGCUUCAGCGGAAUCCACUGUGAAAAUAACACUCCCGACUGCACGGAGAGUUCCUGCUUCAAUGGCGGCACCUGUGUGGACGGCAUCAACACCUUCACAUGUUUAUGCCCGCCGGGCUUCACUGGCAUCUACUGCCAACAUGACAUCAAUGAGUGUGACUCCAAACCCUGCUUGAACGGCGGCACCUGCCAGGACAGCUAUGGCACCUACAAGUGUACCUGCCCACAUGGGUACACCGGGCUCAACUGUCAGAACUUAGUCCGCUGGUGCGACUCGUCACCGUGUAAGAACGGGGGGACUUGCUGGCAGACAGGUACCACCUACAGCUGUGAGUGCGAGACUGGCUGGACCGGCCUGUACUGUGAUGUACCAAGUGUCUCCUGUGAAGUGGCAGCCAAACAGAGAGGCGUCGAUGUAGCCCAUCUGUGUCGAAACUCGGGCCAGUGUCUGGACGCAGGCAACACUCACUACUGCCACUGUCAGGUUGGAUAUACCGGGAGCUACUGUGAGGAGCAGGUGGACGAGUGCACCCCGAACCCCUGCCAAAACGGAGCCACCUGCACCGACUUCCUCGGAGGAUACUCCUGCAAGUGCAUGCCAGGGUAUGUGGGGACGAACUGCUCUGACGAGAUCAAUGAGUGUUUCUCCCAGCCGUGCCAGAAUGGGGGCACCUGCAUUGACCUGAUCAAUACCUACAAAUGCUCCUGUCCCCGGGGAACCCAAGGUGUGCACUGUGAGAUCAACAUAGACGACUGCAACCCGUUCACCGACCCUGUCACCAACGAGCCCAAGUGUUUCAACAAAGAGUGUGUGGAUCGGGUCGGGGGCUACCACUGCAUCUGCCCGGCGGGCUACGUGGGCGAGCGCUGCGAAGGCGACGUCAACGAGUGUCUGUCCAACCCCUGUGAUCCGAGGGGCACACACAACUGCAUCCAGCUCACCAACAACUACCGCUGCGAGUGCCGCACUGGAUACACUGGCCAGCGCUGUGACACAGUAUUUGAUGGUUGUAAGGGCAAACCCUGUCAUAAUGGAGGGACCUGUGCUGUUGCCAGCAACACCCCACAUGGCUUCAUCUGUAAAUGUCCUCCAGGAUUUACUGGCUCCACAUGUGAAUACGACGCCCAGGCCUGCGGUAGCCUCCACUGCCGUAAUGGAGGCACCUGCAUCUCGGGCCACAAGAACCCCAAAUGUCUGUGCACCCCGUCAUUCACUGGGCCCGAAUGCCAGUAUCCCACCGACAGCCCCUGCAACUCCAACCCGUGCUACAACGGCGGCACCUGCGAGUACAUCUCCGAGGCGCCGUACUACCACUGCGUCUGCCCCGUCCACUUCAACGGCAUCCGCUGCCACAUCCUGGAUUACAGCUUCCUGGGUGGGCCCGGGCACGACAUCCCACACUCGGUCGAGGUCGAGGUCAAGUGCGAGAACCCGCAGUGUGAGGAGCGCAAGGGCAACAAGUUCUGCGAUGUGGCCUGCAACAACCACUCCUGCGGCUGGGACGGCGGCGACUGCUCGCUCAACUUCAACGACCCGUGGAAGAACUGCUCAGCUUCCCUGCAGUGCUGGCGCUACUUCAACAACGGCAAGUGUGACUCGCAGUGUGACAAUGCUGGAUGCCUCUAUGACGGCUUCGACUGCCAGAACCUGGAGGGACAGUGCAACCCUCUGUAUGACCAGUACUGUAAGGACCACUAUGCCGAUGGCCACUGUGACCAGGGCUGCAACAACGCAGAGUGCGAGUGGGACGGCCUGGACUGCGCCAACAGCGUGCCUGAGAAACUCGCGGUGGGCCGUCUGGUCGUGGUGGUGCACAUCCUGCCCGAGCAGCUCCUGAACAACUCCUUCGGCUUCCUCCGUGAGCUGAGCCGGGUCCUGCACACGAACGUGGUGUUCAGGAAGGACGCCCACGGGAAGAUGAUGGUGUACCCCUACUAUGGCAGUGAGCAGGAGCUCAAAAAGCACAACAUCAAGCGCUCGGUGGACACCUGGGCAGAGAUUCCCAGUGAUGUGCUGAACUUGGUGAGGAGGAGCCUGUACGAUGUGGCGGGCGGGAGCAGACGGAUGCGAAGGGAGCUGGAUCACAUGCAGAUCAAAGGAUCCAUAGUGUAUUUGGAGAUAGACAACCGCCAGUGCCUCCAGCAGUCCACCGAGUGUUUCCAGAGUGCCACCGAUGUAGCGGCCUUCCUCGGUGCUUUGGCCUCCAGCGGCAAACUGAACGUACCCUACAUCAUCGAGGCUGUUCACAGUGAGGUGGACCCCCAGCCUCCCAAGGAACUCUAUCCCAUCUACGUGGUCCUGGCUGGGGUGGCGCUGCUGGCCUUCUGCGGGGUGGGAAUGGUGGCUACCCGAAAACGCCGCCACGAGCACGGGCGCCUUUGGCUCCCCGAAGGCUUCAAGACCAGUGAGACCAGCAAGAAGAAGAGACGUGAGCCUGUCGGAGAGGAUUCAGUGGGAUUAAAGCCACUGAAGAACACAUCUGACAUAUCUCUCAUGGAUGACACCCAGAACGAAUGGGGAGACGACGAGCCUUCAGACGCCAAGCGCUUCAGGCAGUUUGACGAGCAGGCUAUACUGGAGCUGGAUGACCAGACAGACCACCGCCAAUGGACCCAGCAGCACUUGGAUGCUGCCGACCUGCGUAUACCCUCCAUCGCUCCCACACCGCCCCAGGGCGAGAUUGAGAGUGACUGCAUGGAUGUCAACGUCCGAGGACCAGAUGGAUUCACGCCCCUGAUGAUUGCAUCGUGCAGUGGAGGAGGUUUAGAAACAGGCAACAGUGAGGAAGAGGAGGAUGCCUCUGCCAACGUUAUCAAUGACUUUAUCUACCAGGGCGCUAACCUUCACAACCAGACUGACCGCACAGGUGAAACUGCCCUUCACCUGGCUGCCCGCUACGCCCGCUCUGAUGCUGCCAAGCGCCUGCUGGAGGCCAGUGCUGAUGCCAACAUCCAGGACAACAUGGGCAGAACGCCUCUGCAUGCUGCUGUGGCAGCUGAUGCCCAGGGGGUCUUCCAGAUUUUGAUAAGGAACCGUGCCACAGACCUGGAUGCCCGCAUGCAUGAUGGCACCACACCACUGAUCUUGGCUGCCAGGCUGGCAGUGGAGGGCAUGGUCGAGGAGCUCAUUAACUGCCACGCUGAUGUCAAUGCAAUUGAUGAUUUCGGUAAAUCAGCGUUGCACUGGGCUGCAGCUGUCAACAAUGUGGAAGCAGCUAUUGUGCUUCUGAAGAGUGGCGCAAAUAAGGACAUGCAGAAUAACAAGGAGGAAACCCCACUAUUCCUGGCUGCCAGGGAAGGAAGCUAUGAGACUGCCAAGGUCUUACUGGAGCACUUUGCCAACCGAGAGAUCACUGACCACAUGGACCGACUGCCCAGAGACAUUGCUCAAGAGCGAAUGCACCACGAUAUUGUGCGGCUGAUGGACGAGUACAACCUGGUACGAAGUCCUCCCAUGCACGGAGGCUCACUCAGCACCACCUUGUCACCACCUCUUUGCUCGCCCAACAGCUAUCUGGGCAGCAUGAAGCAGCCCCAGCCUCAGGGCCAAGGCCAGGGCAAAAAGGCACGUAAGCCCAGCACCAAGGGCAUCGGGUGCAAGGAUGGCAAAGACAUGAAGGUGAAGAAGAAGAAUUCCCAGGAUGGGAAGUCGGGCAGCCUUCUGGACAGCUCAGCUGUUCUGUCCCCGGUUGACUCGCUAGAGUCCCCCCAUGGUUAUAUCUCUGAUGUGGCAUCACCACCCAUGAUGACGUCACCCUUCCAGCAGUCACCAUCAGUGUCCCUCAAUCAUAUGCAGGGCAUGUCCGACCCCCACCUGGCUGUCAACCACAUGGUCAUACCCAACAAGCAGGAGCUGGCCCGAAUGCAGUUUGACCCGCUGCCUCCUCGUCUCAGCCAUCUGCCCGUGUCUGGCUCCAAUAGCCAGGGGGCCAUGAACGGCCAGUGUGAUUGGCUCUCCAGGAUGCAUAGCAGCAUGAGCCAGCCAGGCCAGUUCAACCACAUGAGAGGGGCUGCAGGCAGUCAGGGAGGUUUGCACCAGGGAGGACAGCACAGCAUGAUGACCUCCCUCCACAACGGCCACCCGACCACCAGCCUGUCUCAGAUGAUGACCUACCAGGGGAUCCAGAGCACCAGACUGAGUUCGCAGCCCCACAUCAUGCAGCAGCAGGCUCAGCAGAUGCAGCAGAUGCAGAACCUCCAGCAGCUGCAGCAGCAGCAACAACAACAACAGCAGCAGCAGCAGCAGCAACAGCAGAGCAUCCAGCUGCAGCACCAGAACUCAAACACUGCCAGCAGCCAGAACUUCAGCGAGCUCAGUUCCCCGGAGCUCCAGACGGGCACGGGGAAUUCCACCAUGCCCAUCCACACCAUCCUGCCCCAGGAGACACAGGUCAUGCCCUCCUCCCUCAACCAGUCCAUGCCCAGCACCCAAUUCCUCACCCCGCCCUCCCAGCACAGCUACUCAGGCCCUAUGGACAACACCCCCAACCAUCAACUCCAGGUGCCUGACCAUCCCUUUCUGACCCCUUCCCCUGGCUCCCCCGACCAAUGGUCAAGCUCCUCUCCGCACUCCAACAUGUCAGAUUGGUCGGAGGGAAUCUCAAGUCCACCGACCAGCAUGCAGUCUCAGAUUGCACAUAUACCCGAACAGUUCAAAUAAGAAGCUUGUAUCUUUACACCCAAAUGAACUGCUGAAUAUUUUUUUAUGAAAAAGGCACUCUUGGUGGAAAAAAAAACGGAAAAAGGCAAAGCUAUAAUCAGAGCAGACAGAAGGACUUUUUUAUAUGCUUUUAUACUAACAGCCAGAAUGACCUGUGUCUCAUUCAUUCUUUUUUUAUUUAUUAAUGUCUUAUUUAUACUUUACAUCGCCUGCUUACAGAAAUUUUGGAGAUCCAUGGUGUCGGGUUAUACACACGGGAGAGAAAGGCCUUAGAGAGACUAAAGCUCUCCCGAUUUUCUUCUAGUGCUUCUUUUCUGCAGUUAACUGGCUCACGGCAUACACACUGGGUAUUUAUUUUCUCAAGGAUUUUUAGUCUUUGCCUCUUUUUCAUAUGAUUUCUCAAUCUUUGUUUAUAUUUUGCUGUUUUUUUUUUCUUUUUGUAUAAUCUUGUGUAUAAACGAAACAGUGAUUAAAGGGCAUUUUUAUAGAGCACAUUUUAUGUUACAGUGUUACUUCAGUUUAAGUGUGUGAAAUGUUGUCAUGAAUUUAUUAAAAAAAACAAAAAAACAAAAGCAAGUUGUGAGUGUUGCCAGAAAAAAUGUGUCCUAUAUUUCAUGCACAGGUCCUGUAUGAUGAAGAGCUGUUUUUUUUCCACAAUCAUGCCAGUUUAAAUUUCUCGUGAUUCUUUUAGUUACACUCAGUUGAGUUGUAUUCAUGUUUUUUCAAUCAAUGGAAUAACAUUCAUUUGUGCCACUAGAUUUUAUUGUGUGUGUGUGUGUGUGUGUCUGUGUGUGUGUGUGUGUGUGUGUGUGUGUGUGUGUGCACGCGCAUUUGUAGCGAUGGGAUGGGGAUGUGAGGGGUUGUACAGUAUACAGCCAUCUUGGAGAUUGGCAUUUAAAACAGGCCUGAGUAUGUGUUGGUCCUGUGGCAUUGGAAAAAAACUGGCCCAGUGGUCACGUUGUAUCUUGUUGUCCAGAGGGAAAAAGGAAAAAUUCACUUUCCCUUUACCUUCUGUUAGUUUGAGCCUAUGGCUGUGUUCAUUCUUUUGUAAAUAUGUUAUGCAUUUCCUUCGUAAGCAGGAUAUUGUUUCAGAAAUCUGAUGUCUUACGCAUGCCAGAUCGUCUCACCACAGUCAACAGCCUCUCGGUUUUUACACACAGAACAGGACAUUUAUUUUAGUUUGUGUCCCUGCAGCAGAGAUCCACACCUUCAUAUGCAUACAAUGUAUUGUAAGACUUUUUUCAAAAAAAAAAUGCAGAAAUGUUGAGGUUUUAUGAAUUCAUAUUUAUUUACACUUCUGCAACUCAAAAAUCCGAGGCCUCCAUUGGUGCAUAUGAUUAAAUGUUUUUUUUUUUUUCUUUUUUAAAAAUUCUUUACUAAAAUGGAAAACUUGUUGGCCAUAUUCUCUGUUGUGUCUGUUCUAAUGCUUUGUGAGUGAGACUCUCCAUGGUAUAGUUCUCAAAAUGUUAUAAUUAAAAAAAAAUCUUAGGCUGUAGUGAAAUUGUAAUAUCCACAAUAUAUUUCCUUCCUCUUAUAAAGUUAUAAUUUACAAGAAAUGUAUUUUUCCCUCAAUUUUCAAUCUGUAAAAAAAUGUCUCUUGUUAUAAUAAAGGGCACCUGAGUGUCAUGA